AACUGACUCUGUGGCCGUUUGGAACAAGAGGGCGGUAAGGCAGAAGAACCGAGAAAUGGCAACAGAGAAGAAGAGGAAAGCCUUGGAGGAUGAAUCUGGAUUCUUAGCAAGAGCAACACAAGAAAGAGGGGCGAAUCGCCUCCCCAUAUUUGGCAUUCCUGGGCAACUUUCAUCAUCCUUGACCAGCAUGAAUCGUGAUUCCGUCUGGACAGCAGGCUGGACAAGGGCGGCCGCAGAGCGGUCUUCGGCCAAUUUGAUCUCAAAGGUCAUUUCCUACGAGGAGCUGAAAAAAUUGCUGCAACAAGGAAAGCCGCACGUGUUCGACGUGCGCUCAGCGGAAGAAGUCGCCGGUGGACGCAUCCCGGACUCCAUCAAUAUCCCAGUGGCGGAGGUCGAAGAGGCUUUCAAGAUGGACCCGGAAACCUUCAAGGCGAAGUACGGGGUGGAGAAACCGCAACCGGAUCAGGAGGAUUUGGUUUUCCAUUGUCAGAUGGGCAGACGAGGGGCCCGGGCGACCGAGCUCGCCGCGUCGCUUGGCUACACCAAGGCUCGAAAUUUUGCUGGUGGCUACAAGGAGUGGUCGGAGAAAGAAGGGAAGUGACAAGAGGAAGGAUCCGGGCCAUUCCCCGCCCCCCCAAGGGAGCUGAGCACCCAGGACGUUUCUCACAUUGGGGCCUCUUUCAUCACCCGGCACUGCUGUUGGCCAGGACUCAAGCAAUACUGCAGAUUUUUUUUGCUAUUUAUUUGAAAACCUUGAAGGAUUAUUAAAAGACUGGACAUGAA